AUGACCAGUGCUCCAUGCGACUCCCCUCAUACCCUCGUACCUCUUACCUCCUACCCUGCAUCACCGCACCGCUACGCCCGCUAUAUCCUCUUCAUCCUUAUCACCCCACUUACCCUUUUACCGAAUCAUCUAGUCGUCCUCUGCGAUCGCAGUGAAGGGUUCAUAUUGAGCAAACAGCACCAGGCCACGGGUAACGUUGAGCCCGACCCAAGCCUUACGCAAAAGAACCCUCCCUCGAGUGCUUGUACAGCACACGAAUCCACCAUUUCGUUCCGAUUCCCAUCGUCGUCUGGGAGUCCGUCUCCUCCUCCCAUCCUACCGUCGUCGCCAGAUCUGGCGCAUCAAAACCAACCCGGGCCCUCCAACCCCUACCUCGCCCUCCCGCCUCCUGAAGACGAGAUCCUCGACCUUGACAAGUUACCCUCUGAACAACCACCCUCGCCCCCACCUACCACACCUGCUCCUACCAUGUCAGGACAUCACCGCAUCACCCUCGCCGCCAAUCCUCCCUACUUCGAUGGCGACAAGUCCAAGUACCUGGGCUUUGUGGACGCGUGCACCACUUACAUCGGUGCCUAUCGAUCGGAGUUCUCGCUGGACGAGACAAAAAUCCUCUUCGUUCUGUCCUACCUCCGAAAUGAGAGUGGCACAAGCUGCGCCGCCUCAAGAUGGGCGAUGAACUGGAAGCAGCACAAUUUCGAGGGCUUCCAAGGACUAAAGGCGGGAGUCACCGCAACAAGCUUCUUGGAGGAGCUUCAGAGGGCCUUUGGGGAUUCCAACGCAGAGCAAGUCGCUGCCGCCCGACUCAUGGCCCUUCGCCAGGGCAGACGGUCCUUUGCGGACUACAUCUCCGACUUCGAAAUGCUGGCUGCAGACGCGGGGUACAACGUGGUCACCUCCACCGACAGCAAGGGCAAGUACAAGAAGGGGGAACAGGACAAUAUCCUCAUCGAGUUCCUGGAGCGCGGACUCAGCAGCGAAAUUGCAAGCCGCCUCUACAACACCGGUGUUCCCCUGCCCAAGGCAUAUGGUGCCUUCAAGAACUGGUGUGUCAACAUCGAGGCCAAUGCCUUGCGCGAUCAGCUGCGUAAGGCCUCCUAUGCGCACUCGACUCCACGGCCUCCCCCCCAAUUCCGCCCUCAGGCAGCACCAGCGGCGCCCACGCCUGCUCUGACCCGACCGGCUGCCAACGAACCGGUCCCGAUGGAAAUCGAUCGCACCCAUGCCCGCGGCCGCAAUAUCAUCUGCUACAACUGUCAGCAGCCUGGGCACAUCGCGCGGAAUUGUCCGGAGCCCAAGAAGAAGCGCACGUUCUUCAAUCGGGCCACAAUGCUGGAAGAGAUCGAGAACAGGGAUAAGGACAACGAGUUCCUCAAGGAGAUUGCCGAGAAGCUGCGCGAGAAGGGUUUUUGA